AUGACUGGGCUCCUGGCCAAGUCCUCUGUGUCUGCUUCCUGGUUCUGCCAGAUCUUCUCUCAGCACACUUCUCAUUUUCCCCCUUCCUCACCUAUCUGCUUUGCUGGGUACUGCCACUGCAUUUCCUCUUUCUCUGAGUUGGGCCUGCUGGAACUUCUUUGGGAUGGGCCUCCAGCUAUUCAGUUCAGUUCUUCUCCCCUUCCUGGCCAUCAUCUACUUUGUUCCCUCCUGCACCUUUGCCAUCUGAACUUUGCUGUAACCUGGCCAAGCAGCCUACAGUCAUCCCAGCUCUCACUGGAUGAACAGCUGACCAUUUUAGAGGAGAAAGCUGAUGGAAUCUGGGCCACUCAAGACAAACAUAUGGUGUUCUUCUUGCAGACUUUGGCAGGGAUACAUAGUCUCUCUCAAGGGUUCAUGACACUGUUGGACCAUACUCAUGACAUUGGCCCUAUCUGGGUUGCCUUGUGUGAUAUGCAAGAAGCCAUGGAGUCUGUCAAAAGACACCUUGAACAGAUCAGCAGAGAUGAUAUCUCUGACAUGUCUCAAGUUUUCCAACUACUCUGUCUGGAACAGCAUUUAAUGGCAGUGAAGAAGCUGGCCCUGAAGACUCAUGGCAGUGCACAGCUGCUGCACCAAGCAGCAAUGAUUGGAAACCCUUGGUGGCUCACCUGUAUUGUUACACUCUUAGGGGAGGUUCAAACUCAGGAGGUGGUGGUGGACUGGCCUCUCUGGAUACUAGCACUUCCACUUCAUAGUUGGCUCUAUGAAUGGGAUAAACAUCAGGCUGAAAUCCUCACAUUUCCCCCUCCAGGGUACAAAGUACCCUCUCCAGAUGUUUGUGAUUUUCCUGAGGCCAUCUCCAAAGCCUGUCUGGCCAACCCCAAGGUCGUCCUCAGCCAUAGAUUGAUCUCCUGUGAUAUUGCUUGGGCCAGUGAUGGAAGACUUGGGUUUGUGAGGUCAUGUCCACCUGACUUCCUCUUAGAUCCCUUGGAUCAGGACCCAUUGGGGCAGUGUCAGGUGUAUGAUGGUUCACUGUAA